AUGCAGGACGACGUGCUAAGUCCUUACGUCAUUGACAAUGGCAGUGGCAUGGUGAAGGCGGGCCAGGCGGGACUCGACGCGCCAACCAACGUGUUUCCCUCGAUCGUCGGCCGCCCGCGCCACAACGAGAUCAUGGUUGGCAUGAAGAAGCAGGAAUAUCUCGUCGGCGAAGAGGCGCAGAGUAAGCGUGGCAUUUUGACUCUGCGCUACCCGAUAGAGCACGGCGUGAUCACCAACUGGGACGACAUGGAAGUGCUUUGGCGCUACACCUUCAACAACGAGCUGCGCAUCCAGCCGAGCGAGCACGCGGUGCUGCUUACCGAGGCGCCGCAGAACCCGAAGAUCAAUCGCGAGCUGAUGGUUGAGAAAAUGUUCCACUUGUUCCACGUGCCGGCAACCUAUGUGAGCAUCCAGGCGGUCCUGUCACUGUACGCCUCGGGCCGCACCACUGGCAUAGUAAUGGACAGUGGCGACGGCGUCACGCAUACCGUUCCGAUCUUUGAAGGCUACACGAUUCCUCACGCGAUUCUUCGCAAGAAUAUCGCGGGCCGCGACUUAACUGACUACUUGGUCACGCUCAUGCAGGCGCGCGGCCACAUGUUCACGACCACUGCCGAGAAGGAGAUUGUGCGCGACAUGAGGAGAAGCUGUGCUACGUAG